UAAAUUCCCACAGUCCUGAACGCAGCAGGGAUGAUACCUCAACAUCCAUCCAACCUGCCGCUGCUAGCAGGUUGAUAGCUAACCGGAGAGUUCAGGGCGGCGCGGCUUCAUCAUGAGGACGUCCCUCCCUCGUUAACCGGCACCGAGGACUCCCACGGCUCCCCACCUAGCUGGACUCAUCGCCCCACCGCGGAAAGCGAGAUGACGACCCGGUCGGAGAGAGAAAAAGCCCAGAAACUGAACGAGCAGCAUCAGGCCAUUCUUACCAAACUGCUGCGAGAAGAGGACAACAAGUACUGUGCAGACUGUGAGGCUAAAGGACCUCGAUGGGCGUCAUGGAACCUCGGGGUGUUCAUGUGCAUCCGCUGCGCCGGCAUCCACCGCAACCUGGGCGUCCACAUCUCCAGGGUCAAAUCCGUCAACCUGGACCAGUGGACACCUGAGCAGAUCCAGAGUAUGGUGGACAUGGGGAACACCAGAGCCCGCCAGCUGUAUGAAGCUCACCUACCAGAGAGCUUCAGGAGGCCACAGACAGACCAAGCCGUGGAAGUUUUCAUCCGGGACAAAUACGAGAGGAAGAAGUACUACGACCAGGAAGCCUCGGCCGCAGCCUCACAGAAAGCUGAAGCUGCUGCUCCUUCCACCUCACCUUCCUCCCAGGCUGACAAGACCAGAUCAGAGAAGGAGCGUGACAAGAAGAAAGAGGAGAAGAAGAAAGAAAAGGAUGCUGACAAAGUGGAAAGACACAGCAACUCUAAGCAGUCGGAGUGCAGAUCCAGCCCCAAGAAAAGCACAGAACCGGCUGUGGACCUGUUAGGGCUCGAUGCUCCAGAGGGAGAAGGGAAAGGUUCUGAUCAAACGGGUCCCGGCGGGAAUGAGCUGGAUCUGUUCGGACCGAUGGUGUCCAACCCACUUCCCCCCAACAACACAAAGCAUGAUCAGUCAGGCUCCAGUGCAGCUCCUGCACAGGUGGAACCCCCCACUUCCUCCACCUCCUCUUCCUCCACUGCCACAAAGGUGGAGGAAAAGAAGCUUUUAUCUAAGGACUCCAUCCUGUCUCUGUAUGGCAGCAGCUCAGUGGGCAGUCAGCCGCAGAGCCAGCCACAGCCUGCUGCCGGAGGACCAGCAGGAUCGUACCUUGGCCAGCCCCAGAUGCAGUUCAACCCACCAGGUUUCCCACCAGCGAUGGGAGGAAGCCUCCCAACCACAGCCGUGAUGGGUGGCGGGCCAUCGAUGUCCGGCGUGACGCUGCCGAACGGCGGCUAUGUGGGAGGGACGCCGGCCAGCCAAGGACAGAACCUCUACAACAUGCAGCAAGGACAGCAGCAGCCGCAGCAGGGACAGUGGAACAUGAGCCAGCAAAUGUCUAGCAUGGGUUUGGGUGGCGGAGGACCAGCGGCCGCCGCGCCUACGACCGGUUGGUCCGCUUCUCCAGCACCAGCUUCGGGUCAAACCCUCAGCACUCAGCUGUGGAAGUAACCUGGACCGAGUCCAGAGGAUGCGGUGGGGGGCAGGGACGCAUCAGACUGAUUUACUCUCCUGUAUGCACAACGUUGCUACAACUACUAAUAAUGAUUUAACAACUUUAAAAAAAUAUUAAGAAAGAUCGGCAGCUGUGUGUUCCCCGUCUUUCCAAAUGUUCCUCCUCUGAUCCGUCUCCUUUUGUUGUUGUCUGAAAAACGACAACAGAGUAACAAGCAGGAAGCUGCUAACGCUAACGUAAGCCUUUAUCAUUACAGAAACGUAGAGUUAGUGAAUCGUGGUUCAGUACCUACAGUAGAUAUGGAUAUCUUGUUGUUGGUCUAUGCUUCCUGCCUCACCCUUUCCUCGGUAAUGUACAUUGAACUCUCCUCUCUUCCCUGACUCCCUCGGUUGGGCCAACAGAAGCACACAGCAGAUACUUGUCUGAGCAGUACUGCAUUUCUGUGGAAAACGAUAAACUCCUGCAUUUUCAAAGAAGAGGGGCAAAAGUCUCAGCUUUAUGGGCUUUUCUGUGAGGUUCUGCUGCAGGUUUAUACUUUAAAUGUCAUUUUCCACAUGUAGUUACAGAUUUUAACAAUUUCCCUUGUAAAAUAAAUUAAAUAAAGCAUUCAAGUGAAGCAAUAUUACAACCACUGCAGGUUCUGUUUGAUUAUUUAGUGAGCAAAUCCUCCUGUGCCCAAAUAUAUCAGUGAACAUAAGAGCAACUCAGCAGUUCUUAGAUAUUGAUUUUGAUUUUCACUUCAAGAACAAAAUAAAACAUUUGCACUUCUUGGAGCUCCUUCUGGCCGUAGGGGAAAGAAAGUUUCCACAAUUUAAGAUUUAAGAAGGGAAGUGGCUGCUAAUGAAAAUAUGCUUAAAGGUGACCUAUUAUGCUAUAGGUUUAUGAGUGACACAAAACAUGUUCAUUAAAUAUUUUUUUGCACAAAAUCAUUCUUAGAUAAUGAGAUUUUAGUCUGGUCAGUUCUGCCUACAAGCUGUUUUGUCUUGUCACUUUAAAUUUAAAUACCUGCUGCUGGCCACAACCUGAAACUGAAAUGGCUGCAAACAGAUUCGCAGGUAUACAACCGUACAGCUUUAUACAUCUUUGUACAAAGAUAAACUUUUGUAUCUUUGUACAUCUUUGAUUAUGCAAAGAAGGAUUCUUCAUAAAAUAAAGAAAGUUAUGUACAACCCUGACCAUCCUCUUCAUGAGACUGUCCUAAGAAAACAGGGUAUCUUCAGUCAGAGGCUUCUUCAGAUUUGUUGUAAUACAGACGGCUACAGGGAGAGCUUUCCUGCCAACGGCCUUCAAUAACUCUUUGAAGAAUCUGAAUUAAUGAGCUACAACAACAUUUAUUUUCCCUUUGGGAUCAAUAAAGUUUUCCUGAAUUGAAUUGAAAAGCAGAGGUAGAGCCUCCUGCUGCAUGAAGUGGUUCUGGUUGGUAAAUCAGCAAUAAAACAUUUGUCUUUUCCAGCACCAAAUGUGGUGAAACUCAGAUCAGGGUUGCUAGGUAACGGGCAGUGCCUACUGACUUGUGACGUUACAUUCUGGAGGUUUUUGAAACUGUUCAUUUUCCAAGCACACACACACACACAAAAAAUUAUUGCCAAAAACCGGCUACAUUUGGAUUGUUUUCAGAACCAAACGGAAAUACAAAAACGUUCAAAAUGUGAAUUUUGCGUAAUAUGUCGCCUUUAAAGUUCAUGGCAGCACAGUAAGAAAAGGACAGCUAGUUUAGACAGUAGCCUCCCGCAGAUCUGGUUCAGUUCUGUCCAAACGUUUAUUUCAAAGCCUCUGAAACCGAUCACUGUUUGUUUUGACACGAUAAGGAGACAAAUGAGCUUUUAAUCCGUCCCAGGAGACAGCAGGGUCUUUAGCAGGGUCGUAGUCCGUGUGAGAGGUGUGUACUCUCAUCGCACACUAAAACUGCUGGUGCUUUAAAACCUCAAAAUGUUGAUGUUACAUUUUAACUGCUGAGCCGUCCACGGUUCCUCUAGGUGUUUCAGGUUACUUCAUCUGUGAUUUCCUAAUAAAAGAAUAAAAUGAGUUUGUUGUUAAAAUGAGCCAUUUUUCUCCUCCACAAUCCCUGUUGAAAUCACAGGCCACGGGGCGUAUCUCCAGCUGUGUUGUUGUCCUGGUAACUCAGAUCCAUCUGAAACUUUUCUGAUAUUCAGAACCGGUGCGACUCUUGCAGCGUUUCGUCCCCAGUAAGCGAUCUCUCUGCCAUCUUUAUUGUGGUGCUUUUUGUCGUGUGUGGUGCAAGAGAAACUGUUUGCUACAAAUAAACCUGGAUGACCAAUCAGAGGUUGAAAAGAAGGACCUGUAUGAAACUUUUGGAUGGGUCCGGUCAUUAUCCGUUUCUGCCAUGCAAUAACUGCUGCACUCUAUGUAAACAUUACAAUAAAAUGAAAGUCCUCCAGGUUUAUUUGUGGUCUGAUUAAUAUUUCUGGUGCCUAAGUGCAGAGAAAUGGUGAAUUCUGUGAUUAAAAACAAUGAUAUAGUGGAAGGAUCCUGUGUUUAUCUCUGUCUGACCUUCAACUCUACUGCUGAAUUGUUUGCUCCUUUUUUGUUCUUUCAAAUUUAUUGAGGUUCAAUUUGAAUAAAGACUCUGAAAUCCUAAA